AUGCCUUUCGCCGACAACGUCUCGAGCGUCUCAGGACGCAACAGCAGAGCCAGCAAUGUCUCCGGCAUCACUGGAGCAUCUCGCUCCAUCCGCUCUCACCCCAUGCCACAGACAGACGCGCUUUCGAGCGCCGGCAUCCUCAGCAUGCUAAAGACAUCGACCGACUCUGGAGAUAUCGGAGCCUUGUCAUUCAACACAGGUCGCCUGCCGACUAUGCCACGCCCUUCUCAUCAGAGGAGAGGCCACCACCCGAGGCAUUCUGGAUCAGCCAACCACCACGGCAUGUCAUCUCACCACCACUAUGCUCCGUCUCAGACCUCGCGUGUCAGUUCGUCCCGCGAGUGGGACUUGGCCUCCGGGCAGCAGCGUCGCGGGUCUUUCACCAGCAUGCAAAGCAUGCCACCAUCUAUACCACCAGCACAUCUUGGAAAGUCGGCACUGCAGAUGCCACCAACCCUGGACGAUAUCAGAGACAGUCGAUCGUACUCCAUGACCUCUGCUCCACCCACUCAACCACUUCCGCGUCAUCGUUCGGCAACAAGUCUGAAGAGCCAGGGACACGAGCCACGGCAUGCUCAUGGCCGUGCUGGCUACCCGCCGCAGGUGAUGCCUGAGAAUCGACCGCCAUACGUCUACCCGACCCGUCUGAAGCGUCCCGGAUACCGCUCACCGUCGCCUGCCUUGAGCGAUACCGUUGUCCCGGGUCCACCACCUGCAGCUCAGAUGGGCAGACGUCAGCGACCCGCUCGGCCACCCCCUCAGACAUUCAACAGCGAGUACGGUCCCGACUACAACAGUGACCCGAGAUACCUGAAUGUCCGGCCGCCACCAAGAGCAAUGCCGAACCUGCCCGCCAAUGGCUUCGGUCCGCCGCAGCCACAAUACCCGUACCAAAACCAGGCUGCCAUGAGGUCAGCGCCGGGUCUCACGAUGCCGAUGAACAAUGGCUGGCCGCACCACCAGCACCCACAGCAGCCUCCACUACCUGGACAUCCUCAGCAAAUGCCGCAUCGCCCACCACAUCCCGGGGCACCAUACCCACCAAGGCCAGGUUACGCAGCGUACGGUCAUCCUCAAUACCCAGUCCACCGCGGACCGACUCCUCCGGCAGGCCCCAACAUGGUGUCAAUGGCUCAUCAUAUGUUCCACAACGCUGCACGCAUGGCUCGGCACCUCCCAUCGCGUACGGAUACACCAUUGACCGGACCGCCAUCAUCCGAUCCGCCAUCAUCUGGCACAGCACCUUCAUCAAGCAGCCCGCCCACUCCAAGGGAUCAGGACUCUUUGCAGGUGGCUGUUGACCCGGCUUUUAUUGACCCGGCACUGGCAGACCUACCUGACUCUUCAAGCCAGCCGAUGUUGGCUCACCAGUAUCUGCGAUACACAGAAGGUCUAGAGAAGGAAGCAGAUGAUCAGGAUGUUGAGGCCGUACAUCCGUCGGUCCCUCCCACUGGCUUCGUACAGCGUGUGAGAGCUAUGCUGGAGAGCAAAGCAGCAGCCGACGCAGCGAUCAUGAAGGAAGCCGAACGCGAGAAGUCAAGCAGCCAACACGGUGUCCACGCCACCGAGGUUGUUCUGGAUGCAGAUGACCUUGCUCUCUAUGCAGAGGUGGAAGAGAUCCAUGAGCUGGCGGCCAACGAAACUCCACGCUUCACUGUCAUCGAAGAGUUUGAGGCUCCUGUCGAGCUGCCUGGCUCGCCGAUCAGGCUUGCUGAGCUCAGCGCUUCGCCGAUACAGUCAAAACGACGUCUCACAAGGGAUCUUGUCAAAGCUGGGCUGGCCGGGUCGAGCGUUGACAACACAGAGAACAGCGAAGACGACGUUACUGGUCGUGCCAGUAUCGACAUGCUUGUCUCCCACAAGCCGAGCAAGAGCCACGAUGUGACAAUUGAGGUCAAUGCCGCCCAACGCAGCGUCCUGGACGAGGACGACUUACCGUCAACACCGGCGGCAGCUUCGAACAACAAGCAUGCAGAUCAGGCGAAGGCAGCAUCUGAAGCCGGCUCAUCACCGGCGCUCGGGUUCUCAGCAGCAGGUCACGCACUUGGCUUCGAUAACACGACGACUUCUGAGGACACACGUACUGAGGAUCCUUUCGCCCUUGAUGCGGACACCAUCACCCUCCAGCAUCAACAGAGCAAGGAGAGAAUGGAGAAGACCACGCCGCAUCAUGCUGAGGCGAAUCGUGAGUCCCAGCGUUCAGACACGGAGACCAACAACCCCGUCAGCCCCAUCCUCGCUGGCCAGGAGGUCAGUCGCUACUCUGCCGUCAGCCCUCUGCACACGCAGACCCUUGGCAUUGAUGAGACCUUGCGACUGGCCUCCGAGUCAGGCCAAGAUGAGACUUCUACGAAUGAGCAGACGACAUCGUCGACCGGCUUCGAUGACUCGCAGCCUCCGCCUACCCCAAAGACGCCCAAGACAUACUCCAAGUCCGUCCAGCUGCAGCCCGCCACGACCAUGACCGACACUCCCAGCAGCAACCGCCUCUCUUUGCCGCCAGACCUCAGUACUGUUGGUGACAAAACGAUGAACAGCAACUCCGAGAUGGUCACCGACGUCGCGGUCCGCUUUUCCUUGCCUCAGACCACCAUUACUGUCCACAAACCGCAGAUCAUAGAGAUACCGCCCAGCAGCUCGCCCGUCCGAGAGCUGACGGAGCCAAAGCCAUCCGAGCGAGCGCUUCAGCCAAAAGCGAAACACAACUCAGUCGCCUUUGCGGAUGAAGUUGCUCCAUUGAAGAUCAACAAGAGACCAGAGCAGCAUCAUCCCAACCAGAAAUCCAUUGAUGGAAAAGUCAACAAGACCAAAUCUAUCAUUCGUCGGCCGUCACCGAUGCAGGAAACUGCGGAGUCUGCUCACACCAAUCGCAGCAGCACAACAGACUUGCGUUUCUCGGGUAUCAAUGGGGUGAACAAACGUUUCGGCAGUACCCACCUUCCCGGGCUCAAGGAGGAGUCUGUUGAGGAGAUGAGCAUCUCUGACAAGCGUGUGAGCGACCUCACCGGUGGCUUUCAGUUCCCCCUUCCAGCUCGCAUCGCUGCCGUCAAGGCCAUGCAAGAACGCCGCAUGCAGGAGUCUGCGGAGAAGGCGAAGGCUCGUCGUGCUCUUCGCCAUCCGGGUCGGCCGCUGGCUGAGAUCCGGGACCUACCUUCUCUCAACUUCAGCCGCAUGGAUCUCAUCGACAAGCUCAACGAGGCACUGGAGAUCCGCCCGAGCAAGUCUUCCGAGGUAGUACGCCGCCGCGAGGUCUCCACCAUUUACUGCCCCUCGCCACAGCGCCCGCAGAGCACAGAACCACUCAGGGAGCGCUACACGAGCUUCUUCUCCAAGCCAGAAGACUUCUCUUCGUUUUUCGUCGACCCUGACACGGACGAUGAGCCUGAAGUCGACGACGAGAUUGACGUUGCCGCUGAGGAAGGCAUACCUGCCGUGGAAGUGCAGCCAAGCACAGAGGUCGACCUGGCCGAGAGCAACUCGCGCCCACUGUCGCCAGAGGACUUCAUCAGCGUCGCCUCGCAGGUCAACAGGCUUUCGAUCCCUUCGGUGUCGGCCCUCUCUGACCGUCUGUCGGAAAUCUUGCCGAACCUGAGGGAGCUACAACUGGACAGCAUCCUGGCCAACUUUGAAGGAGAGGGUGCCGGCUCCAACCCGCUUGGUCUACGCCCGGAGACUGUGCUUUCGAACCGUACCUCUGCUGGCUUUCGUACGCUGGCUGAGCGCGCUGAAGAGAUUGUCAAGAAUGGAACGCACGACUCGACGGUCCCGAUGACGAAGCUGCUGGGCAACAACAAGGACCUGCCACCACUGCCAGGAUCCGUGUCGGUCGACAAGAUUUCUGCUGUGCUUGCCACAGAUGGCAAGCAGUCUCCCUACCUGUCCGGAUCGAUUUCCGCGCCGACACAGCUGGGCAAGGACAUCCCUCGGCCAGCAUCUGCUCUCGUGCGUGACAAGCCACCCAUGACUGAGGAUGAAGUACGCACGCUGCUCCCGCCAGAGGGUAACCCCAUCAUCCGCAAUGGAAAGCGUGCCAUGGUCAUGUCUACAGCCAGCACCAGGCCGUGGAACCAAGAUGAGAACUAUCCUUGGAAUGGUACCAAGAUCGACAUGGAUCUCACCGUCCCUUCGCAGGCUCAUACCCGCAACUCCAUCGCUGCUGAGGUGCAGCGCGAGCGCGGUACCAAGUCGCUCGAACUAACCAGCACUGGCGAGCCUACCAACACCACCAGGGGCAUUGACAUUGGCUCGAUCUUUGAGCACAACCCUACCACCACACUUACAGAAGAACAGCUCACCGGCGUGAGCAUCACUCAGCAUUUCCGCAAGCAGUCCAAGCGUUCCAUCAUUGGCUCCAUCACCAAGAAGAUGGGGCUCGGCAGUCAUAGUGAUGGUAACACCACACGCACCAUUACUUCACCAACGCGUGCCGAGUUUGCCAGGAGCCGCAGCAGUCAAGCCCAUCGCCCCGGCGAGCGCUACCCGACAAGCAGCCUGACGCCGCCAGCGGUCUUUAACCUCGAUGAGGUCCGUUCCUUCUUCUCCGACGACAGCUCGGACAAGGACCAGAACGCCUCCUUCCGUAAGCGUCUGACGAAACUUAACAAGAGCAAAGGCAAGACUGUCCGCAUCGACUCCGGCCGCCACUCCAUUGAUGUUGCCAACACCGCUUACGACCCCGGAGAGAUUGUCACAGAGCGCAUUGGUGCGUCCAGUUCCGCCAACACCUAUGAUGGGGUCGGCAUGGGCAAGACCGAAUUCCGUAUCAAGCGGUUCGGCGAGAAGCUGCGCCAUCUCAUGGCGAAGGGAGGCGAACUUGUCAGGUCCUGGAGCCAGCGAUCAAAGCCGAGGGCGGAGAGGGUGAGGGAGGACUGGUUGUCGGACUCGUUGUACUCUGGUGUGUGA